UGUCCAGGGCCAGUGGAGACACCGCGCGCACCCCUCUGCUUGCAGCCCCCCCGCGCCGAGGUUACUCCAUACAUCCCCAUUUACAGUUCCGGGGCCAAAGGAGCACGUGAAGGGGCUCACCAGCUCCCCGUGCCCGAUCAGAAAUCUCUGAAGGGACGCCCCUGGCCGGCGCAGGCUGCACCCAAGCCUCUAGUUAGCCUUGCGUUUGCAGAGCACGUGUCCCAGCGACAAGAUACAGCGCCAGGAGUUUGCAGCCAAGUUGGAUGGGACAGGGAAAGUCAAGAAAAGGGCCAGGGGAUGGACUGAGAGGUGGACAAGGAAGUGCUGGUCUCUCUAUCCAGUUGGAAGGAAUAUUUGGGGGCAGCCAACACAGGGAGCCAUUUUCACAGCAUCUUCUGCAGCCCCUUCCACAGUCGUUUUCUCAAUGAAUCAGCAUGCAAAGUGAACUUUUUGCAGAGGGCGGUAGUUUCUCCCUCCUUGGCCAAGGUCUGCCACAAAUGGCCGCAGGACAGGUUUUGUUUUUUUUUUUUGGCUCAACCGCUGCGCCACCAGGGGAGGCCCCGCGGGGCAGGUUUUAAAUUAGUUUCCUUCACCUUCCAUUUCGGCCUUGAAGGCGGUGGGAACAUUCACAAUAUCAAGCUAGAAGGGACACAGGGAAAGAACAAUUUUCAGCAGAACAUUCUUAAUAAGUUCAGCCUGACCUUGAGAAGGCUGUCUCAUGUCUGGAAAAUGUUUCAAGUGCCAGUCAUUUUGGGCCUGAAAAAAAUGAACCCAUAGGAAAUGGGACCCAGUGUGGCAGUGUAUGUUGCUGCAUUGACAUUUCUGUCAUGAGUGCUACCUCACUGUUUGCCACAAGGGUUUGAGACAGCUUUACAAGAGUAGACAGCACUGCAGAAAAGAAGUAGUGAAUGGAACCACCCGCAUGAAAUGAGGGCAAGGCAGUGAAUGAUAGAAAUGAACACUCAAUCGCUUGCCACCGGGCUCUGAACAGUUGUCCAAGGUGGGCCACAGAUCUGAGGCUCAGCUUCUGAAUGCGCAAAGAGAGACACAGAGAACUACCAUCAUUUCAAGGAUGUCCAGUGUUCAUAACAUAAAAACCAAUCGGGACUUUUGUUUUUGAGAAGCAUAGUUUUUCUUGAUUUUUCUUCCCAGAGAAAUCCUGGCUCCUCCUCAUGAUGAUGCUGGAAACUACGCAGUGGGAAACAAAUGCAGAAAAUGCUUUUAAAGUGAGGCUUAGUAUCAGAACAGCUCUGGGAGAGAAUGCGUAUGCCUGGGAUACAAAUGAGGAAUAUCUCUUCAAAGCAAUGGUGGCUUUCUCCAUGAGGAAAGUUCCCAACAGAGAAAACACAGAUAUUUCCCAAGUCCUACUUUGCAAUGCAACCCAGCGGGUGUCAUUCUGGUUUGUAGUUACAGACCAUACAAAAAGUCACACCCUUCCUGCUGCUGAGGUACAGUCAGCCAUAAGAAUGAAUAGGAACCGGAUCAACAAUGCCUUCCUUUUGAAUGACCAGACUCUGGAAUUUUUGAAAAUUCCUUCUACUCUUGCACCACCCACGGACCCAUCUGUACCUGUCUGGAUUAUUGCAUUUGGUGUGAUAUUUUGCAUUGUUAUUAUUGCAAUCAUGCUAUUGAUUCUAUCAGGAAUCCGACAACGGAGAAGGCAAAGCAAGGGACCAUCUGAAACGGAUGACACUGAAGAUAAGUGUGAAAACACAGUCACAAUUGAAAAUGGCAUCCCUUGUGAUCCCCUGGACUUGAAGGGAGGGCACCUAAAUGAUGCCUUCAUCACAGAGGAUGAGCGACUCACUCCUCUCUGAAGAGCUACAGUUUUGCUAUCCCAAGAAACUCAACACUUGUUUCUGUGCAAUCGCUGAGCAUCACAAAUCACUAAGGGCAGGUUAUAUAUACUUUGCCAUCCUUCUUCUGUAAGAAAUUUUGAAUGUGCAUGAAAGUGAAAGGAAAUCAGUUAUACCCGUGAGGACCAGUGGAAUCAUAGCUGUUAACUACGCAGAACAUUCUGAAAUAUUUCUCUGAUAACACAGUGUUUGAAUGUAGUCAUGUGGUGUUUAUAGCUAUUGAUUUAAAAAUGCCUUUGUAUUUAAGCAUUUCUAGAAAUAAGGUAGGGCCACUAUAUAUAUAUUUCACACUUUGAAGACCUAAGGAAAAUUUUUUUUUUCAGAAAAGAAUACAUAUAAUAUGGUAUAGAAAUCAUUGAAAGUGGAUCCUUUUUGAAUAUUGUUUAUAUCACUCUGUAUAUGAUUAAGUAAGCAAGAAUAAGAAGUAAUUAUUGUAAAGGUAAUGGAUAGACAUGGGAGUGUUGAUAGACAAGGUGGAAUUUGAUCCUGUUAUCAUACCAGUAGUUGCUUACUUAUUUUCUGACUAUCGGUCUCUAAUAGGGCAGCUCUGUUCAUUGACUAUUUCUGUGACUUGUACAAGUACAAUCUGUGUUAAUUUAAUAAAGUGCUAAUCAUCUGAU